AUGCUCAGGCCCGGCAGUCACGUUCAGGCCUGGGGGGGCCACGCACAGGCCCGGCGGCCACACGCAGGCCUGUGGGGGUCACGUGCAGGCCCGGCGGCCACACGCCAGCCUGCUAAUGUGUGCGGGACCCAGCGCCACCUCCCGUUCGCCCACCUGGCCAGAGAAAGGAAGGACGGCGACCUCGGCUGGUCCGUGCCGCUGGCCUGCAUCGGCGCCGAGUACCUCACUCCUGGAUCUGUGUGUAGCCACAGUUGUAUUGCAGGAUUCAAGAAAAUUCCUCAAGAAGGAAGACCUGUUUGCUGCUUUAUUUGUGUUUCUUGCCCAGAGUCAGAUAUUUCAAAUCAAACAAGUGAUGCAAAGCAGUGUGUCCAGUGCCCAGCUCAAGUGUAUCCAAACAGUGAGAGAACUCAUUGCCUCCCCAAGCCUGUGACAUUCCUGGAUUUUGAGGAUGCUUUGGGGACAACCAUGGCCUGUAUAGCUUUGUGCUUCUUUGUCCUCAUGACUACCGUUUUGCUGGUCUUUGUGAAGCACAGAGAUACUUCUAUUGUCAAGGCCAACAACCAGGCUCUCAUUAUUCUGCUCAUCUCCCUCCUGCUGUACUUCCUCUCCUCCUCGCUUUUCAUUGGCCAUCCUAACACCAUCACCUGUGUCCUCCAACAAGUUGCAUUUGGUCUUGUGUUCACUGUGGCAGUUCCAUUCAAAGCCAUGAAGCCUAGAAGAACAAUGAGGUGCUUGCUGCUCUCAGGGGCUUCCAACUCUGUCAUUCCCAUUUGCUCCCUGAUCCAAAUGAUUAUCUGUGGAAUCUGGUUGGGAACUUCUCCCCCUUUUGUUGACAUAAACUCACACUCUGAGCCCAGAAACCUCAUCAUCGUGUGCAACAAGGGCUCAGUCACUGCCUUCUACUGUGUCCUGGGCUACCUGGGCUUCUUGUUCUUGGCUCUGGGGAGCUUCACUGUGGCUUUCCUGGCCAGGAACCUGCCUGACACAUUCAAUGAAGCCAAGUUCCUCACAUUCAGCAUGCUGGUGUUCUGCAGUGUCUGGGUCACAUUUGUCCCUGUCUAUCACAGCACCAAGGAGAAGUUCAUGGUGGCUGUGGAGGUCUUCUCUAUCUUGGCCUCCAGUGCAGGACUCCUAGGCUGUAUCUUUGUGCCCAAGUGCUAUAUUAUUCUCUUAAGACCUGAUAAGAACUCCUGGAAAACUUUAAAGAACAGAAGAGGUCUCAAAUAA